UCAGCUGCUUCCUUCAGGAAAAGAUGGGCGGAACUGCAGAUAACUCGUUCAUGGAGUUUACUCGGAAGAUCAUGUAACAUCUGAUCGAAGGACAUGUUGUUUUGAUAAUGUCAGAUCAACAGAGAAUAGCAAGGAUCUUUCCAAACGUGUUAUUGUCACAUUCAAAGGAUAUAGCAUCAACUGUCAGCUCCAAUUUAGGGUACGACAAAUAUGCAGAUCUAGAUAUCCCGAUUACAAGUCUACCCCGACUGAAACCCGCUCUCUCGCCGAGCGUGCAGUUAAGUCUGACAGUCGUAUACAUAUCAUUAUACGGGUUGCUGUUCUUCGUGGUGUAUAUCCAGUUAUGGAUGAUUUGGUAUUAUCGACACAAACGUUUCAGCUACCAGACAGUAUUUCUGUUUCUUUGUCUAAUAUGGUCUGGUUUGAGAACAACUUUAUUUUCCUUUUACGUCCAAGACUGCGACCAAGCUAAUGACUUGCCUUGGGUUUUCUACUGGUUGUUAUAUUGCUUUCCUGUCUGCCUACAGUUUACAACGCUGUGUCUGCUGGUUUUGUUUUUUGCACAGGUUGUUUUCAAGGCCCGGGCAAAGUAUGAACCGAGCAAAUUCAAACGUCCCCUUCGUAUCCUGGUCUUCCUAGCGAUCAUUCUGUUUGUUGUGUCCAAUAUUACAUGUGCCAUGGUUAUCAAAUACCAUGAGAAGAAUUACUUGUCCAUUCCACUGGAGCUGAUCUACAUACGUGUGGCCAUCAACGACUCUUUAUUUCUUAUUUUUGGAAUUUUACUUUCGUUCUGUAUUUACAAAAUGUCAAAAAUGUCCUCCUCUUCACUGGUUCUGGAAGCUAAGGGGACUAGUAUGUGUCAGGCCAUUGCAGCCUGUGUUGUCAUCUUGAUGCUGUUUACAUCCAGAGCUAUCUACAACUUUAUCUCCAUCUACCCUGCCCUCAAGACCAAGGUCCCUGACUUCGGCUAUGACUGGGUCAAUGUGUCUGAUCAGGCCGACUUCAACGAUCUGUCCGGGGGAUACGAGUACCUGUCUUUCGGGAUAGUGUUGUUCGUCUGGGAGGUCCUACCUACGUUUGUUGUUGUGUUGUUUUUUCGAGUCAAAAGAGCCGUCAAUGCUGUGGCUCUGAAUGAUCUCUCCAGCCACAGCCAUAGUUCAAAAGUAUUUUUCUUUGAUAACCCUCGGCGCUAUGACAGUGAUGAUGAUCUGACACGCGAAGAUCCACAUUCCAUCAACUACAGUGUACACAACUCCUACAACAGCAUGGACACUGGAGGCAUCUCCCAUGGUACCCCCAUCCUCACCCCAAAUGGGAGGAUCACGCCGCGAGGGGGCACACCGAGAGGCACCCCCAAAACAGCAUACGGGUCCAUUAUGAGUAGAAGUAUGCCCUCAAGUCGCCAGGGGGCGUCACCCUCACCGGUCAUGUAUAACGGACCCCAGUUGUAUCAGGGACAUAAUGGCUGAUGAUGGUGGGAUUGUGAUAAUGUGAUAUGACUUGCUGGUGCUGUGAUGGACGAUCUAUAUUUUGUCAAAAUGGUGGUGAGGGAAAGGAGAGAUUUAUAUGAUGCUUUCAGAGAAUGUUUGACAUGUUUUGUUGACUCAAGGUCGUGAAUGUCAAGGUCAAAAGGAAUCAAUAGUACUUUUCCUGGCUAUAGUACCUUGAAAAAGAGAAGUAUAUGUUUAUAACCAUGUUUUGAUAUGCAUAUUCAUUGAUAUACUGUAUUUAACGUAAUAAGUGUCCUGGGUGCUUAGAAAAAUCUGACAUAGGGGGAGUUUAUUAAAGUCAUCCACAAGGGGUUGUAGUGAUCAAAUUGAUUGCAUCUUCCCGAAUCAAGGGAGUUAACUGACUAUAAAAGUCCAGUUUUCACCCUUGCCGAACUAGGCUGCAAUUAUCGAGUUACAUUUUGGCUGGACUAAGGAGUCUAUUCAUAGUACAAUCAAAAUCGCGUAAUGAAAUUGACAACUGGUUCCUAAACAAAAUAGAUUUCAAAUGCAGAUUUUGGUAGACUGCAGGAUUUGCAAGGCUUUUCAAAGCAAUUGGGUAUUGACAGAUAUUUGCAAAUUGUUUCAUUUUUUUAAUCAAGGUGCUCAAGUGCUCUGAUGUACUUUGCGGGGUAAGACCCAUUUUGUUACAAUAUAGAUCUUGAUUAUUGAGCACAUCGUCUUGACUGGGAGCCGGCAUUUUGUUUAAAUCUGAUUGGUCAAUAGGAGGAACAUAGAAGGGGCAUAACUUGUAAUAGCCACUGGUGGCGCUAUGAUCGAUCCUGGAAAUUCCAGCCAAGUUUGGCAAGGGUGAAAACGCCCUUGCGUCAGGAAGAUGACUCGGGAAGGUGAAGCUGAGCCUUUUAAUAGUUACGAAACAACUGUAUUCGCCUUUUGCACUGGUGUUUUCUGUAAAAAAAUCUGUGAUAUGCACAGGAAAAUAUGGACUGUCGUGUUGAUAGUCUUAGGGGCGCUUAAAAAGGUUACUUUCAGAUUGGUCCAGAAGUUGGUCAGAGGGCUUAUUGAACCAGGGCGCUAAAUACGGUGAAUAUGGUAACUUCAUACAGAUUGUAAUAUACUUAAUAAUUCAUUUGUUUGUUGUAUCCUCAUUAACAUAGAUGUAACAUGACAUAACUUCUUAUGUAUAUGGGCGGCCAUUCGGUCAAAAAAUACAAAGUUGAAAAAAAGGACAAAAGUACGCAAUUAAGGUCAAA